AUGGAGGGUCUCUGCCGACGCCGGCGCUGGCCAGAGCCUCUCUACGAAUCCAGUGCCAGCACGACCGGGUACACCUGCAUUGUUCGCGUCAACAAUCGAGAGUACCAGACGGAUGUUGUUUGCGAAUCCGAGAUCCUUGCCCGGGAGAAUGCAGCGACGCGGGCCUACCUCAUCUGUCGCAAUUUCUCCGUCAACGAUGGCAUGUAUCCGGCGGGCCAUGAUCAUGGAGGAGUUGUCCAGGGGAUUCCGGUGGCGAUCGGUACGGGCAGAAAGCCUCGGUAUAUGGACGAUACCGAUGCUUCGAGCAGCGGUGGGAGUAGGAGUGGAGGAAGUAGUCCGGAAGGCUACGAAAGUGGCCGGCUCAAUCGUGAACGAACCAUCGUUCCAUCAAGGGCUUUAGCAUUCGAAAACCGUGGCAUCUAG